CACAUCGAUCCGGAUCAGUCGCAGCCACCGCUCUCAACCGCCCAAGUCCAAGUACUACAACUGGAGAGCCGCCUGCCUGGUCGUUGACGUCCAUUGUUUAAAUUGCAAUCAAGUGGCCGUCCACACUAUGAAUCCAGACUGGGCUCGUAUCCAUGUCCACUACUAGCACUUACUGGCCAAUAGCUCUUACCAUAUGUAGAGGUAGGUAGGUUAUGUGCCCAUGUGUGCCUCGUUGUCUUGUGCCGGCUUCCUGUCCCUGACUUGGGUUGCCGGUAGAUACUGUUAAAAAAAAAAACCAAAAAAAAAAACCAAAAAAAAAAACCAAAAAAAAAAAAGACGAACCUGACCCGACCACCAGGAGAGAUCGACGACAAGUGAACUUCCUGCGCGGUUCUCUUUUGCCUCACCUCGCUAGGUCCCGUAACCGCGACCGGUUGUUUACAUCGAUACUUCUCACUACGUACCUACCGCUCAACUCCCUCUCCCGGGUGUCCUGUCCUGUCCUGUCCCGCCCGGGCGUCGUUCCAGCGGGCAACAGCAGCACUAUCAUCCAAUAUCAUCAUACCUCUACCUAGGUUAGUACACCAAGUGGAAGUGAACCACUGACAUUACCAAACAAAAGGAACCCACACAGUCCAGCUAGCGCAAGUUUGGCAGGACAGCCGACUAGCGCAGUCUGGAAAGUCCACCCGCCUGGGCCCGCCUGCACCAACUGCCCUGUCCGGCCAUCCAUCCAUCCAGCACCUAUCCACUGCGCCGCGCGCGAACCGACACCUGCGAGACUGCGACCUAGCGAGAGAAGUGAACCUACGAACGAAACUCGGCAACAGCAAAGAGACGACGGACUAUCUCCGGCCAACCCAUCGCGCCCGGCAGCCUCAAUUCCCCCCCCUCUCCCCCCUCCCCCAAGCUGGAUGUUCUGCAUCUUGCUGCCGCCGCACUCUGCACUAUCGCGCUGUCGAGAUGGGUCAGGUCAGCAGCACGCCCGACGAGGGCACGCCCGUCUAUCUUAGAGACCAGAAUCGAUUAUCCAUCUCUUCUCUCGUCAUCUCUAGUCCGCGAAAGCGCACCUCGAUCAACAUUGUUCCCAAUGCAUUCCCAGCUACACGAGCAUCAGUAUCUCGCUCCUUAGGCGACAACACCCCGAUAGAGUUUGUUCAGGAUACCGAGUCCACCGGUCCGGGUUGCCCUCCGACCUUCUUACUCAAGCUCACAAACGAUGACGAGCUCGUCUUUACCUUUACCUUCGUCGUACGCCAAACACAUCAGGUGCUUCAGAAUGCUGCCGGCGCCCUCGAGACCCUCGGUCCGACCGAUACACAGAUCAAUGGUCUGACCUUUGUCUACGGCUCCACCCCCCGCGAGGUUGAGAACCUCCUUACACGCGAGUUCGAGGCCGACCCAAAUCUUCACAAGAACGCAAACGUCGAGCUAGUCGGUGUUUAUGCGACAGACGGCAGCCCCUCGGUAUCGUUUGAGUGGACGUGGAAAUGGAAGCCCCCUAAGCCCACAGAAGACAAGGGCGGCGGCUGGAGAAACUUCUGCAGCUUCGUCGAGUACGAUCCUCGUGCGCACAAACUGCACACCCUCGCUAGCUUUUCAUUCUUUGUAACGAGCAGUUACUCUCCAUGGCUUAGUCAGCCUAGUUCGCCCUCGCCUCCCCUUCUCAGCGUUCCCCCGAAAGGCAGAGCGGUCUCAGUGCAGACUUUGGGCCCUGGAAUUGACAGCACAUUGGAGCAGGAUGAAAUCUUCUUGGCAUCCCCGAAUCUACCCAUGAUUGAUCAAGGUCCUAGCCUUCUUCCGCCCGGUCUUCAAUCGCCUCAGCCGCCGCAAACCGUUAGAGAGCCCAUCAAGGUCGAUGUGCCAUGUCCGAGACCCGGCGAGGAUGUGUCGGUAUCUGACGACGGGCCCGUCUUCCGAGCCACGAUGAAGGCCCUGGAACAAAAGACGGGUAACAUGAGAAUGCAGAUGAAGCGACUGAUCAAGCGGGCCGAGCAAGUGUACGCCGCGCAAACGGAAGCCAACGACGCCUUUUUACAGUUUAUGGAAGCUUUGAGGGACGUCUCGUCGACAAACGCCAACGCCGUCCAGCCCGCCAUUGAACAUUACUUCGACAAGAUUGCCUGGGAAAUUUUGAGGUUCGAGCGGCAAAACACCCAAAAUCUUCAGAAGAUCGUAAUCGACCCUAUGAAUAAGCUAUACCAGUUGGAUAUCAAGCAAGCUGAAGCCAAGAAGCGCGACUUUGAGGAGGAGAGCAAAGACUUUUACGCCUAUGUCAGUCGCUACUUGGGACAGCGACACGACUCGGUCAAGGCGAAACAGAGCGACUCGAAAUACCAAACCAAACGCAAAAACUUCGAACUUAAGCGCUUUGACUAUUCUUCCUUCAUGCAGGAUCUUUCUGGAGGCCGCAAAGAGCAGGAAAUUCUCUCCCAUCUCACAAAGUACGCGGACGCUCAAGCAAAGGCUUUUCUCACCACGGCCAAGAAGGUUGAGGGGCUCCUUCCACAGCUUGAGGCACUAUCGACAGAAGUUCAAGAGGCGGACAAGACGUAUCAGUAUCAACGACGGGAGAGAGAAGAGAAGAGAAGGCUGUUGGAGAAGGGAAACCUUGCUUAUGCCGAGCCAGAACCUCCUUCUACAUCGUCCGGGCCCAGUCCUUCAACUGGCCAAAAUGGAACCGCGUCCUAUGGAGAGUCCGAGUUGGGUCGCGCUGACAGCACAGGAUCCCAGCUUCGGUCGGCCAUCACACCAGGAAUAGCACAACCACCACAAACCGAUUUGUCCAGGUCGCCGGGGAGUCUUAUCGGGCUCCCACCUCCUCUGGGUAGCCCGCAACAAAAUACAAAGUUUCGGGGUAUUCGGGACCUGGAAGAAAAGGAUCCAAGCCAGUUGGCGGCGGACAAGAACAUGACACAAAGGAAAGAGGGACUUUUGUGGGCUCUUAACCGGCCUGGUGGGCAUGUUGAUCCCCGAGCUCUCAACAAACAAGGCUGGCACAAGUUUUGGAUUGUGCUUGACCAGGGCAAGCUUUCGGAAUACAGUAAUUGGAAGCAGAGACUAGACUUGCACAUGGAUCCGAUCGACCUGCGCUUGGCGUCCGUACGAGAGGCUCGAAACGCAGAGCGUCGGUUCUGUUUUGAAGUUAUCACACCACAGUUCAAACGCGUAUAUCAAGCAACAUCGGAAGAAGAUAUGAAUAGCUGGAUUAUGGCUAUCAACAACGCAUUACAAAGCGCGGUGGAAGGGCGCGGCCUGAAGGAUAUGAAGCCGCCACCAUCAUCUAUAGGACACUCGGAUUUUGACAGGCGAGACAUCGCUUCAGUAUUGACGGGCAAGAGCUCGUCCAUUAAUCACCACCAUCACCAUUUCCAUGGCCACAGCAACCAGAAUCUGAGCCCGAUUCCUUCUAGGAGGACGACUGUCGGUGCUCGCCCUAGCACGGCUCGUGCACCCAGCUUUGACGAAAGCCCAGAUCGGCUCCUCCAGAUGCUGCGGGAGAACGACCAGGGCAACUCGUGGUGUGCAGACUGUGGCUCCAGCAACAAGGUCGAAUGGGUGUCACUCAACCUGGCGAUUAUUGUUUGCAUCGAGUGCAGUGGUAUUCACCGAUCUCUUGGCACACAUAUUAGCAAAGUCCGGUCACUCACAUUAGACACCACAUCGUUUACGCCGGACAUUAUUGAGCUCUUGAUGCUCGUUGGAAAUCGAGUGUCCAACAUGGUAUAUGAGGCACGCCUGGACCCUCAACAGAAGCUGGUACCACAAGCUUCGCGGGAGCAACGACUUCGGUUCAUUACGGCCAAGUAUGUCGACCGCGCAUUCGUCGAGCCAAUAUCUUCCACCUUGUCCCGGUAUCCAACUGCCGAAGAGACCCUCCUCGCAGCCAUCAAGAAGAACGAAAUCCAACAAGUAAUCUACGCCCUUGCGCUCAAAGCCAACCCCAAUAUAACGGACAAGUCUAGGGGUACACACGCCGUAUAUUUGGCCCUGGCCGCCGCCGACCCGGCCCCUCCUUCACCCAACCCCAUGACUCCCUCUCCCUCUCCAGGCACCCCUGGAUCCUCGACCACGGGACCUGAUAAACAGGUCCCAUUUCCUGUCGCCGAACUCCUGAUCCAGAACGGGGCCGAGAUCCCCGUCGCACCGCCCAUGUUUCCUCUCAGUCACGCCGCACAAACUUAUCUUGAAAUUAAGCGUGGCCGUCGCGCCCUCGUCGAGUCUAUCGGUACCUCGGCGGUAACGACAAGUUACGGUUCUUCGUACGACGGCGUUAGUGCGCUUUCUUCGGCUUCGGGUGGCGGGUCUGGCGCUGUUAAUCUCGGCGAUAGUAAGUUGGCAAAGGAGAAGGAAGCAAGGCUACAGAAGAGGGUGAGUGCGGGCGGAAGACUGGCCAAGACGCCCAUUCCGGAGCGGUAGAGCGCUUUCGGACUGGGGUAUAGCAGGAUGGCAGUUCAUGGGAUCAAGGAUACGUUAAGAGCAGGCGCGAGGGGAAGAAGCGCUAGUACAAGUUGGAACAACGGGGUUGAAAGCCCGUCGAUAAGAAAAAGGGGAAGUCUAAGGAGGAAAAUCAGUAAUGGGUUGAAUGGGAUGGGGUGGGGGUAUGACGGGAGUGAUAGCAGCGGGGCCGGGGGUAGCGAGGAUGGUAAUAAUGAUGGGUCACAACUAGUAUCAACACCAAAGCGAAUCGGGAGCACGGGGAGUCUGGCUACUAUGGCGGAAAGGAGUUUGGCGGCGGGCACAGGUGGCGACGGCGGCCGCCAUGGGAGAAGCAAUGGCGGCUUGUUGGGAACAAUGGCGUGCGAUGUGCAGCCCGUGUGGUUGGGAUCAUUGGAUUUGACACUGAGGAACCUUGGAGUUGGACUUGGAGAAGGACUGGGAGGUCUGGGAUUUGGAGGAGUGGCGUCAGUAGCAGCAGGUGGUGGUGGUGGGAGAUCGAGUCGAAGGGUGUCGAUGCAGUAUCAAUCUUGGUGACGCGUCUACCGUUGUUCUCUGCCUGUCUACCUGCUUGUCUGUUUCUUGCCCUCCGAGUUCCGGCCUGGGUCCGUUUUUGUCUAGUCAAGCCCAAGGUCUGAGCAUGGACCAACUUGGGGAUAAAGUUUGGGUUUAGUGGCGGUGCUUUUUGGCGCCUCCUUUUGCUUUGUUUUCUUUUCUAUAAUUAUGUAUAUGUCUCCUCUCGUGUCGCGCCAUGUCAUGUUCACCGAGCCUCGUUUUGUUUGAAUGGGGGUUUUGUAUUGGUCCUUCUGUUUGACGUAUUGUCAUGACCAACAUUGACACGAGCAGUACUUUAUUGGGCAUGAUUUAACUCUUAAAGAUAAUGGUUUCUUCGUUUGCAAUCUUUUGGUCGUUCGUA